AUGACUCGAUUCAAGUGCCGGAUAUCCGGAUGCAACUCCAGCUUCCAGCGCAAAGAGCACCGCACCCGCCAUGAAGGGCAGCAUACGGGGGCCUUGACGCGGGCCUGUCCCUUUUGCGCCCGGUCAUUCUCCAGAGGUGACUCCCUCCGUCGUCACAUUCGUCUGGACCACCACGAUUCACAAGCAACCUCAACCACCACAUCGACUCGAACGGCCAAAGCCUGCCUGGGCUGCCGCCAGGCCAAGACCCGCUGCGGCGGGGGCAACCCUUGCAAUCGCUGUCGCGCUCAGCCCCAACCCUGUCUCUACGAUCAACCUCAAAAACCACCACAACCACCACAACCAGCCGUCCAGUCCCUUUCGCCCCAAUCACCCCCCAGCGAGGAUGAUUCUACCUCCCGAUUCACCCCCUACGUCCACCUCUACUUCACCCACUUCCACCCCCACUGGCCCAUCCUGCAUCGUGCCACCUUUAGUCCCCCCGACGAGCCCCUCCUGCUCCUACAGGUGGUCUCCAUGAUCGGCCUAUGGGUCAGCGACACUCCCUCGUCUCGUGAAGCGGCGAUCAGUCUCCAUCGCAAACUGGGAUCUUCAAUCCUAGCUCAGCAGGACAACUGGGCACGCUCCAUCUCCUUCACUACAGAACUUUCUGACAGCGAUACCAAUCUAUCAGCGCAAGAGAUCGUCUCGCGAUGUCCCGUAGCCACCUACCAGGCCAUCCUCUUAUAUCUCAUAUUCUCGCUGGUGCUUACCCGCACUGGCCACGGCACCAGCGAUAGUCGCACCAACCUUUCGCGAGCAGUAGAUCUAAACCUCCCCUUCUCCCCCCAAGACACCCAUAUCCUCUCCGUCCUCGUCACCACCUGCCUCCGCAACCACGUCUUCUACUACCCGCUGAUGCUGGAGCGGUACCAUCAGACCAUCGACUCAGUCGCCUGUAUCUGGGUGGGGGUCGAGGAGCUGAAACGCCUGGGCUUGGCCAUGUACAAGGUCUGUCGGCUGAGUGGGCACGGGGCUCGAAUAGUGGAAGGCCACGCGCUGGCGAUGGGCCACGAUGAACAAGAACAGCGGGGCGUCUUGCGUCUUGCGGAUCUGCAGUUUCCGCCGCCCGAUAGUCGGCAUCUGUGGGAGGCGCAGUCAAAUCCAGAGCUGGCGCGGUUGUUGCAGAUCGAGGCGCGCACUCGCGGGGGUGCGGCGUCGCGGUUGGAUGGUCGCGAGGAAGGGAAUUGGAUUUCGGCGUGUGGGAGGGUUUUGGAGGAUGGGAGGGAUACCUGGUGGUUGUGA